AUGGAAGAGUCUCAAUAUAAUAACUUCUCACUCUCCCUUAAGAUUUUUUGCGUGCAAUAGGCUAAUUUUUUUAUAAAAUAUUGUAAAUAAAUCUGCAAUAAGUUGACAAAAAAUUAUAAAAAAUGUUAGAAAAAUAUAAAUUUUAAUAAAAUUUGCUGAUAAUAACUAAAUAUUAAAAUAUAAUUUUAAUGUCAUAGAGGGAGGGUCAGGCAACUCUUCACAUCCAGCUAUAGGAAAAUGUGAAAAACCGCUACUAUGUGAUUAUUGCAUUAAUCGGAGAUUAGCUGAGCUGAAAAGAAAAAGAGACCAAGAAGAACGAGAAGCCAAAGUUAAGUUUGAGCAGCAACAGCUUGAUUGACUGAAAAGAAUAGAAGAUGAAGAAAAAAGUAGAAUAGAAGAAUACAAAAAAUCAAUGCGAGAACAAGCAAAUGAAAUUUCUGAAGAACUUGAAUAUAAAUUUAUGAUAAAUGCAUUGAAUAUCUGCUAUUUUAUAUAUAAUUUAUUAUCAUUAUAUUUAUAGAAAAUAGCAUAAAUCCAGAAGAAAUCGCAAUUUAGGCUCAGAAAACGAUAUCCCUAAUCCAAACCAAAAUCUGCUUGAACAGGCCAUGAUCUCUAAACAAAAAUAUCGAGAAGAACUCCUCAGACAAGUCAACGAAAAAAGGCUUCAAAAAAUCGAGGAAGAUAAGAAAAAUAAAGAAUUUGAAAGAAUUCAGUUAGAGACCAUUGAAAGUGAAAGAAACCUUGCCAGGCAAGAUUUAUGCUCCCGGGCAUACAGGCAGAGAGAAGAGCUUAAAAGGUCUUUAGAACAGCAAAUUUUUGAAAAACAGUCCAAAAGACGCCAGGAAAAUUACGAAAAAAAAGUAGAAAAAGAACUAGUAGACCGAGACGUCGCAAGAUUCCAAGAAUCACAGUCAAGAUGGAUCCAAAGCAUGAGAAGCGCCAGGCCUGACUCUGCAGUUAAAGGGAAACCUCAGGACACCUCAUCCAGCUUUUUCUCAGACUGCGACAUAGAGCUUAUUCCUUGUGCAAGCUGUCACAAGCCAUUGCCAGCCUCCGCACUUACUCAAUUUAGCGAUUAA